AUGGGGGAGUCACCCGACACCAUGGACGACUAUAUGAGAAUGUCCGAAAGAACCGCAAGAGAGAGUUUGUAUACAUUGUCAAGGGGUGUUGUUGAAACUUUUGGAGAUGUGUAUUUGCGGAAACCUUCGUUGCAUGAUUUGCAAGAAUUGUAUGCGGCGCAUGAAGAACGUCAUGGGUUUCCCGGAAUGAUCGGAAGCAUUGAUUGCACACACUGGAAAUGGAAAAAUUGUCCGGUAGCAUGGAAAGGGCAAUACGCAAGUGGUCAUCACGGAUCACCUACAUUGGUGUUAGAGGCUGUCGCUUCUCAAGAUUUAUGGAUUUGGCAUGCAUUUUUUGGGGUUGCGGGUUCCAACAACGACGUCAACGUUCUUGAUCAGUCGCCAAUAUUCGACGAUCUUUUGAACGGAAAAGCCCCGGAUGCUCCUUUCACGGUGAAUGGAAACGAAUACAAAUAUGGCUAUUACCUUACAGAUGGAAUAUAUCCUCAGUAUUCCACAUUCGUGAAGGCAUUCCGCCACCCGGUUGAAGAACGAGACAAAUUUUUAAGAGAAGACAAGAAGGAGCACUGGUUGCGGUGGCAGGUGUGUGGUGGUGGAAACAGUGGCGAACAUGAUGGUGGAAGAGGUCAUAGAUGUGGUGGUGGUGGCGGCGCGGUAGUGUUGUUGGUGGGCGGCGAAGGUGUUGGUAACGAUGGCGGUGUUGAAGAUGGCAGUGGUGGUGAUGGUGGUGUGGUAGGGGUAGUGAGAUGGUGCUGGUGGUGGCGGAUAAGAAUCGAAGUGGUGGAUUAA